UCUGAAGUAGCAGCGAAAGAUGCUAUGGAAGCAGUGUGGGAUACUUGUUACAAUGAUACUAAGCCUUUUGACAGAGCUCCUUGAAGAAGAAAACUGAUUAACAAUGGCUGACGCAACCGAGAAAGCAGAGCACGACCGUGUUUUCAAGAAGUUUGAUGCCAACGGAGAUGGAAAAAUCUCUGCCACCGAGCUUGGAGAUGCCCUCAAGAACCUUGGCUCGGCCACACACGAUGACAUUAAGCGUAUGAUGGCCGAGAUUGAUACCGAUGGUGAUGGAUACAUAUCGUACCAAGAGUUUUCUGAUUUCGCAAGUGCUAAUCGUGGUCUCAUGAAAGAUGUUGCCAAGAUUUUCUAAGUGGAGUUUCAAAAUCUAUAAUUCCCUUGAAAAUGAUUUGAGAAUUAAUCAUGUUUAAUUUGUUUUUGUAAUGACAUAUCAUUUGAUUAUGUAUUUUUGGUUAUAAAAGUAUAAAAUGUAGUUAAC